AUGUUGUCUAUCACAAAAAAGUUUGAACACCUUAAAAUACCACUAGAAGCCAUAAUAUCGUCAACAAACAAUUUUGCGGAAAGCAAUUGCAUCGGGAGAGGCGGAUUUGGAAAAGUGUAUAAAGGCGAAUUACAUGUCCACUUGAAGGGGCAAACCACAGUUGCUUUAAAACGUUUAGAUCGUACAUUUGGGCAGGGAGACCCUGAGUUUUGGAAGGAGAUAGUUAUGCUUUCUCUUUAUAAACAUGAUAAUAUUGUUUCUCUCUUAGGGUUUUGUGAUGAUAGUGGAGAGAAGAUCCUGAUAUACGAAUAUGCAUCAAAUAAAAGUCUAGACUUGUAUCUCAAGAGCGAUGAUUUAACAUGGGUUCGGAGACUGAAGAUAUGCAUUGGGGCAGCUCGCGGUCUAGCUUACCUUCAUAAUCCUGCUGGGACUCAACAAAGAGUAUUGCACCGGGAUAUUAAAAGCUCCAAUAUUCUUUUAGAUGAAAAUUGGAAUGCGAGGAUUGCGGAUUUAGGUUUAUCCAAAUUUGGUCCUGCUAACCAACAAUACACAUUUCUUGUCUCUAAUACAGUAGGCACGUUUGGGUAUUGUGACCCGAUAUACGUAGAGACAGGGUUACUUACAAAAGAGUCGGAUGUCUAUUCAUUUGGGGUAGUGUUGUUUGAAGUUUUGUGUGGGAGGUUAUGUAUUAGCUACCACAAUAAGGCGCAAUCUUUUACGGAAAUUGUUCGAAAGAGUUACAAACAAAACAAAAGAGACCGUGAACAACGUCCAUUGAUGAACGAGAUUGUGACAGCACUCGAAAUGGCACUCAUAUAUCAGGCUCCACCAACAUCUCCAACACCUACUCCAACUCCAAAUCCACAUCCAUUGUCCAAGUUGAUUACUACUGUCUUACCUCCACCGCCAGAGUCAAAGAGGAUGUUCUCACCACCACCACCUUCGCUUUUGAAGCCUCCACCUUAUGUUCCAAAGAAGAAUAAUCAAAAGAAAUGGAGGAUAUGAGAUGGAAGAGCAGGUUCGUGUAAGCUCAAACCAUGAAACGUUGACUGGAUAGUUGAUUCAGCAUGUAAUAUCUAUUUUAAGUAUUUGUUAAGGUUUUUUAUGCAUGAAGUUUUCCAUUGGCUUGAUUUCUGGAAUAGGGAUCAUUUUUUCAUGGGAAGGUGGUAUAGAUUAAUAUUUUUAAUAUAAAAGCUAAUAAGUGCGAAGGAAACAAACAACAUAAAUUAAUCUCAGCACCUUGCAAUAAAGGAAAAGGCUUAAUUAAAGUUACAGCCAAAUUUCAUUAAUAAUUCUUUGGAUUUCUACAAGAAAAAACUUAGCAUAAUUAAUCGCCUCUCCACACUAGUAGAAAUUUUCUUACAGGGAUGGAUUCAUAAAUCCCUAAUUAGUAACUGGAUUUGUUAUUUAAUUACUAACUGUACCAAAAUGUUUGAAAAUAUCUGUCCUCUAAAUGGUAGAAGGUUCAAAUAGAAUAGUUCCUAAAGCAACUUGCCAAAGGAUUUAAAAUAUGUGUUAGCCGCUUUAGAGAAAAGUUAUUUAUCUUAUUUUUGUAACAACUUUAUGC